AUGGCGUCCCACGUUGUUGUCAUUGCCACCGACCUGCGGCGGACAACAGUCAAGGUUUCGCCCGGCACGUAUCUGUCCGACGUCCUUGACCAAGCUUGCCAGAAGCUCAACCUUUCCCGUGACAAAUAUAUCAUCAAACACAAGCAGAAGCAGGUUGAUCUAUCUGUUCCUUUUCGCACAUCAGGUCUCACGGGGGGCGCCAAACUCGAACUCGUCCAACGCUCCAACACACCCUCCGCAGUGCAAAUCGCUCUUCAGCUACCCCAACCCGAGGCCAAGGAUAUCCCUGGAGGUCGCUUGAUCAAGAGGUUCCCCGCCGAUCUGACAUUGUGGACAGUGAUGCGCCAGUUUGAAAGCGGCGAGGCCAGUGCAGGCAGGAACAUGAACAUUACGGCGAGGGGAUACGCAAGUACAACGAGCGGGAGUGGGCAGUUGUACUACGAGACGCCAGUGCUGAAUAUAAUGGGGAGAGAGUUCUCGACGCUUGAAGCUUUUCAAAAGACCUUAUCCCAGAUAGGUCACAAUUCUGGAAAUGUCCUGGUGCGUCUUGGUUACAAGCGGACGGACCAGACGCUGUUUGAGGCGAUGGAGCGUAUUUCCGAGUUUUUCGAGGAAGCCAGUCAGGAAGCCAGUCAGGAAGCCAGUCAGGAAGCCAGUCAGGAAGCCAGUCAGAAAGCCAGUCAGGAAGCCAAUCAGACAGCCAAUCUGGGCGUCAAAGGAGAUGCCAUGUCGGAAACGGAUGGGUCGUCGAGGGAGGCAGGCAGCGACAACGUUGUAGGCAAGCAGACACAUGUACCUCCUGCUGCAUUGCCGAAAGAUAAUGUCGACGCAACACCGCGGGCAUCGCCGGAUGGCCUCGAGCAAAACGCAACCCACUCCACCUCAUCGGCGCUGCGGGACCCUUACCGACCCGUCAACGUCUUCCUCGCUCCCACAGGAACCACCCCGGCGGCGGCUUCGAUCCCUGCCUCCGACUCCGACUUCACGCCAACCGUCGCUCACGCUCAACUACACCAAGCGAGAUUGCUGGAGAGCUCGCGGAACAAGCGUCUCCCGUCGGACAAAGAGCUCGAGGAAAAGGCAGCUGCCGAGGACGCGCGCAUUGCUUCUAUCCGAUCGGUUCUCGUCAAGAUUCGCUUCCCCGACAACACCAGCAGCGAGUGGCAGAUUGCUCCCGGUGACACGGGGGCAUUCUUGUAUGAAGCGGUGCGGCGCGUCAUGGCAGAUCCUGGCCAAGCCUUUCAUCUGGUCCUGCCAGGGAGUACAACCGUUAUCAAAGACAGCAGCAGUCCCUCUCAUAAUCUCGUCAAGGCGUACAAGCUGUCGGGCAGGGUAUUGGUCAACUUGGUGUGGGAGGAUACCGUGCCGUCGUCUGUGCGAAAACAACCGUUCCUAAGACGCGACGUCGUUGACCGGGGCCGAGAGGUCAGCAUACCCGAUCUUCCUCAGAUGCAGGACGAGCCUGAAGGUGUUGCCCCCUUAAAAGAGACUCGGACAGACGACAAGAAGGAAAGAGUUGACGGGGCGAACAAGAUACCCAAGUGGCUCAAGCUGGGGAAGAAGUGA